ACAUUUAGCUUUGUUUCAUUUAAUAAAACAUUUUUAUUGCGCUUGAUGCAUAGCUUCUUGAUGUUCUGUUCAUAAACAACUACACAGACAUACACAAUGAACAUAGGCACAAACGUGCGGAUAUUGUACUAGCAAUCAAAAUGACCCACAGGUCAAAAACGUAUUUCGGUGACCCCACGUUGCACUGGGUAAUCAGGAGUCUGACCUUUGAACCGCAGUAGGUUUGGGCCGCCAUUUUGAUCAUAACCAAGUAUUUCUUGUCACAAUUUAGACCCGUUUAAUAACCCAUUUUCAAGCGUUUCGCAUCAGAAACAUCAUAGAGCAAUAGAAAUGGGCGAGCCAACCUGUGUAUUUCCUGUAAAGGUGAAAGUUGAAGACCUGUCUACCUUAGAUGCUUGGAAUGAGACAGACAGCAGAGAGGACCAGACAACAAACACAGGAAGGCAGCUGGACAUUAAAAAGGAGAGUUUAUGUGAGGAAACCUGUAGUGUAUGCUCUACCCAGUCUGAUAACAGGACAGGCAGCAGAGAGGACCAGAUAAUAGACACAGGAGGACAGCUGGACAUUAAAAGGGAGAGUCCAUGUGAGGAAACCUGCAGUGUAGGCUGUACGCAGUCUGAUAACAGGACAGACAGCAGAGAGGACCAGACAACAGACACAGGAGGACAGCAGGUUACUAUUAAAAAGGAGAGUCCAUGUGAGGAAACCUGCAGUGUAGGCUAUACUAGUACCCAGUCUGAUAACAGGACAUGUACAGACAGUGGAGAGGACCAGACAACAGACACAGGAAGGCAGCAGGACAUUGAAAUUAAAAGGGAGAGUCCAUGUGAGGAAACCUGCAGUGAAGGCCCUACCCAGUCUGAUAACAGGACAAACAGCAGAGAUGCCCAGACAACAGACACAGGAGGGCAGCUGGACAUUAAAAGAGAGAGUCCAUGUGAGGAAACCUGCGGUGUAGGCUCUACCCAGUCUGAUAACAGGACAGACAGCAGAGAUGACCAGACAACAGACACAGGAGGACAGCAGGGUAUUAUUAAAAAGGAGAGUUCAUGUGAGAAAACCUGCAGUGUAGGCUCUACCCAGUCUGAUAAUAGAACAGACAGCAGAGAGGACCAGACAACAGACAUGAAAAGUCAGCAUACAGAAGACCAACCUUACAAUUGUAGCCUUUAUGACUACUAUUCUACAGCACAGAAAGGUACCGUAAUCCAACAUAUGCAUGCCAAACUCACCAGCAAAAAACAGUACGUAUGUGGAGAGUGUGGGAUGACGACGGCAUACAAGUCCUCCCUCACCUUGCACAUGAGACGACACACAGGCGAGAAACCUUACAUCUGCUACGAGUGUGGUUUUGAGACAUCACGCAAGGGUAAUCUCGACGAUCACAUGCUCAUACACACUGGUGAGAAACCCUACAUGUGUAAGGUGUGCGGGUUCAGGACGGCUAGCCGGUCGCACCUGUAUGUGCAUGCGAGAAAGCACACAGGUGAGAAACCGUACAAGUGCGACCAGUGCGACUUUUCUGCAACGGGGAAAUCACGGUUGGUGCGACACAAGCGUAAGCACGUGCCGUGGGAAGAGAGACAGUACGUGUGCGACAGGUGCGGGUACAGGACCGCGUUUAAGGAGCACCUGGUGGUACAUCGGAAGAGCUACUGGUGUAGCGUCGCUCUGCGCGAGUUCGAAGAGGAAGAAGAACGGGAAAGAGUGUUAAACAAGCAAAGUAGUGGGAGUCCUGACCAAGAAACUCCCAGUAGUAGCCACCCUGGAAAUGAGAAAAAGAUUAGAAAAGAGGGCCAGACAACACCCACUGAAAGGCACCAAGAAAAGGAUGAGGAAAAUAGUGGUGUAAACUCAUCCUCCAUUGACAAAAAACCUGUAUCGCACCCAGAUUUACAAGACAGUACAGAACUGAUGGACAUGGACAAGCAUGUGGACAGCAAUGAUUUUGAGUCCCCCAUCUACGUAUGUGAUGAGUGCGGGUACAGCACAUCUUCUCAGGGCCACCUAUCCAGACACAUGAGGAGACACUCAAAAUCUUACAAGUGCGACCAGUGUGACUUUAUCUCCAAGGGGAAAGGUACCUUCGACUUGCACAUGCGUAAACACAAGAUUGAAGAAUCCGCGAGCAAGGCUAAGCAAGCUCGCAAAAGGAAAAGACGUUCAGGUAAAAAGCUGGUCAAGAAAACUUCAGACAAACACUUGAUCAGAGAUUCUGUUGCAGUUGAGAAACCCUUUAAGUGGGUUGUGCGGAAAAACUUGCUAGAGUCAGCACAAAUAGCUGAACACACUGGUCAGAAACCCUCCAACUUUGAACAGUCUAACUGUUGUUCUGUGCAGAAAAACUCUCUAAAGCCACAUAUGGCUGAGCGCGCUUGUGAGAAAGCCUUGGAAUAUGACCAGUCCGACUGUUCUGCUAUGCAGAUAAACUCCCUAGAGCCACAGAUGGCUAACCACCCUAGUGAAAAAGCUGUGAAAUGUGAACACUCUGACUGUUCUGCUAAGCAGAUAAACUCUCCAGAGUCACAUGUAGCUAGCCACAGUGGUGUGGAACUCCACAUGUGUGGAAAGUGUGGGUACACAGCUGCUGAUGGAUCAGAUCUAUCCAAACACAUGUGCAUUUCCUGUGUGGUACAAUAUGUUUAGAUCAUAUUGCCUUAAAAAAAAAUAACAAGAGUGUACGUCUAUAGUCAGAUCUGUUUAUUAAAAGUUUUUCAUAAGCUGUGUUCUAAAACCUUUGUUUCUGAAUCUGUGGCAAUAAAAUGUGUCAUGAAAUACAUGUACAACAAAUCCUAUAGCCUGAGUGACAUUCUACUUGUAGUUUAACAGCUAGGGCUCCCAUACUCUCCCCCUAGCAGUUUGUUAGAGAAGGGUAUGGGAGUCCAGGUAAACUAUACUCGGGCUAUACAUGUCCCACAAACAUAUCUACUACUUUAAUACUUAUAUCAGUAAUCAAAUGGAAAAGUUUUGUUUUGUUUUGUUUUAGCUUAAUUUACAAGAAACAACCGUUUCAGUUACACAUUAAUUUCAUGCUCAAGUGCACUGGACAGUGUGAAGCAUUUGUGAUACAUCUUUUAUCAAUAUCAAAUUCGUAUGUACAUUUCUCACACCACAUGCAGUGCAUCAUACUAGUGUUAUUUUCCCCCCAUCUUCGCUCACAUUCAAAAUACAUGUGUUUUAAGACACAGCAAACGUAAAUCGUGUUACAACACCCACAUAUAUGAUGUUUGCUAGGUCUAGCUAGUUGGUCCAUGAUCAUGAUGCAACCAACUUUUGGAACAUAGUAUAGACAAUCGUCCCGUUUUCUCCCUUCCACGUCAAACUCCCCUUUCUGGUAUGAGAGAACCUAGCUAACUUUAAAAUCGCGAACCAGUGCCCCCCCCC